CAUCUCCCACCAAGGAGAAUCGAGCAGAACCAAGCCCUACCCGGCCAAGCCAAUCCUGCCCACUGCCCAUCGUCUCUUGUCUCAUGUCUCAUCCAUCCCCCAUCCAUCACCAAUCCUGAUCCAAUCCAUCACUCACUGUGGAUGGGGGACGGACGGUCUAGAUCCACCAAAGCUGCCCCAAGGCGGUACACAUCGUCAGCCCGCUCUGCCUUCACAGGCGCCAUCUUGUUGCCAUGCCGCUGCCUACUCCUCCCACGCAACACCGACCGCCCAGGAUGCAGGAGGCAACAAAGCAACGGGGCUAUUGACGCUGGGCGAGGGGGCCAAAAGAAACGAGAGGAGCCCCCCUCGCAUCUUCUCCCAUGGAUGGCCUCAGAUCCGCCGCCAGUAAGAACUACUGACCAGCCGAGCACACCGGGCAGACUGGGCAAGCCAUCCGCAUCAUCCAUCCCCAGCAGCAUCUACUUUUUACUCCGUGCGGUAGUACUCAGCGCAUCCCCUGCCAACCCGAUCCCCCCGAUGAUCCCGGGUAGUCCAACCCACUCAUCAGAAACCCCAAAAAAGUCUCGACUGCGCAUAUUUCGUCACGAUCCAGAACCUUGGCUGUGAGCUGCUAAUGUACCCGCCGCCGUGACCAAGCUGCACCGAGGCUUAUGUGCACUUUGCCAGCGAUUCUCAUGGAACUCCCGCCGCAUGCC